GAAGAUAGCUAGUCGUUUGGAGAGUGUAAAUUUGUUUCCUCCUCCCCCAUGAAUGAAGACCACUGCUUAAGGCAGAUACAGCCAUGUUGCUAGAGGGUUUGACCUCUGAUGAAGCAGGAUUAUUUCCAUCUCCAUUUUUGCUUUUGUGGUCAAAGGAACAAGUAUUUCCAGAUAGCUGCUCCCAACUGGUUUGCUGUAGGGUUUUUAAAAGAAAUGGACUUGGUACUCCAAAAAUCUACUUUUUUUCAGCUUUGAAAUGAGUUUUUCUUCUGAUUUUUGGAUAUUAUCUGAUUCAUCUGAUUGAACUGAUUAAGCUCAUGUUCCAGGAUCUAAAGAGCGGGUCUGCUUGAAGUUGGACUUAAACUCAGUUCUGCGAGAAUUGGUUCGACGCUCAUCCCAAAUCUGACCACCGAAUGCUUUCCUUGGAUAAAUUUUUUUGGGGGUGUAGCUGUACCCUAAAACCAUAUUUAAUUGGCUUGCCCUGUCUCUUCAGCAACUUCAGCGUUUUUGAAAGAAUAAUCACAAAUUUCCUAAUCUGUUUAAGGGUAGAUUUUUUUCAACACUCAUUGAAGUCCUCAACUGCAGCCUCUCAAAUCCAGUUCCUGUCGAGCCUUAGACAAGAAUGUUAUUUUCAUUAUUAGAUGGUUUACUACGUUUUGUCUUCAAUGCCAGAAAAGAAGAACUUGCAAAUGGGAUAAACUUGAGCAGCCAAGCAAAUCGUGCCGAUUAUGCAGGCAAUCCUUGAUGCUUUUCCUGAUACCCGAGUGCUGACAUCGGCCGCCUAUAAUCAGCAGUGCAAAACAUAGACUGCUGGCAAUGAGCUUGGUUUCACUGGCUGGUCCUGUUGUAGAUUCCUUUGAGCCCUCCAGUUUGGCCAAUGGGAAUUCAGGCAAGAGGGAAACCAUGAAGUCCGAAGGGACAAAAGAGUCUCGCAGUGAUCAAGACGAGGGAGGAGAUGAAGAUCACUCGAACGGGCAAGCCGACCCUCUCAGAGAGGCCACUGAGUUGAAUGGGACCUAUGAAAACAUGGACACAAAGAGAACUGAACAGAACCUCUCUGCACAAGGGUCACCAGCCCGAUCCUCAACCAUGGAGAACGGACUGUCGGAGACUGAGCCGCCCCAUGGCUCAACAGUGGGCAGCAAUGGAUAUAUUCUAAGCAAACAGCAGGAAGACACAGUAUCGGCCCCACACAGGACUAACUGGUCCCCCGUAGGGGGUUCCACAUCGGGGCAUGGGACUAAAAGCUCGCCACCUUCUGCUUCUACAUUGCGAGCCUCAGACCAGGGUUCUUCAAACAGUGCUGCAAGCCCAGGUCCGAGCCCGACAGAGAGGCGAGCGGAAACAGAGACUAAAAACGGCAUAGUAUCGAAUACACCCCCGCCAACGAUACAUCGUGCACGCAAAACUAUGUCAAGGCCGGCAUCGAACCAGACACUAAAGCUUUUGAAUAGGGAAAAUAAGGAGCCAGUCGUGGUGAAAGAUGACAGUCUGAGUAAACCAGAGGCAGUGCAGCCUCAGCCAUCUCCAGUCCAGAAUCAGCUACCUCAAAGCCAAACUGACGCCACAUCUGUACUGAACACCACACCAGCCAAGCCACAAACAGUUGAACCCAGACCUGUCUCUCCCUCAGUAGCAGCCGUGUCAAGGAAGAAGAAAAGAAAGAUGGGAACGUAUAGUCUUGUGCCCAAGAAGAAAAACAAAGUCUUGAAACAACGCACAGUUCUGGAGAUGUUUCAACGAAUGUCUCAGUCUCCAGCCAACCCUCAGCAGGCAAAGGAAGCUGUGCAUGUGAAUGGCGAGAGAAUGGAGAAUGAGUCUGAUGAUGAAGAAUCCGAGGAAGGAGAAGACACGGAGGAGGAUGAGGAGCUGGUCAGAGAGGAUGGAGCCAAAGCCUCUCAGGAGGGACCCAAGAUAGCUUCAGUUUCUCAGCCUCUUGAAGAAGAACAGGAGUCUGAGGAGUCACCAGAGGGCGAAGGUGAAGAGGAAGGGAAUGAAUCAGACUUGAGUUCAGAGUCCAGUUUGAAAAAGAAAUGGAAAAAGAAAGUCAAGGGGGACCACGCCUGGCUCAGACCAUCAAGGAAACGCAAGAGGAAAUUGAAAACGAAAACAGAAGGACUUUCAGGAAUGGAGUCCCAGUCUCAAUCUGAGAGCCAGAGCUCCCCAUCAGCCCCUUCUGACAACAAGAAAGAGUAUAAAGAAGUCCCAAUAGACUCUCUCAACCUAGUGGCACAGGAAGCCUUGCUGACAUCUCCGAGUACAGCUGUUUCAGGGUCAGUGGUGAGCACAGAUGCUGACAUGGUGCAGGAACUGCCUCUUUGCAGCUGUCGAAUGGAGAUGCCUAAGAGCCGAGAGAUUCUCACGCUUGCGGACAGGAAGUGUAUGGCGACUGAAAGCAUUGACGGGCAGCUGAUCCGUUGUCAGAGCGCAGUGCUGAAGCACGAGAUGAUGAGGCCUUCAAACUCAGUCCAACUGCUGGUUCUGUGUGAGGACCAUCGCACGGGCAUGGUCAAACAUCAGUGCUGCCCAGGCUGUGGCUUCUUUUGCAGAGCCGGUGUCUUCAUGGAGUGCCAGCCAGAGGUGAACAUCUCCCACCGGUUUCAUCGAGCCUGUGCCUCGGUGCUCAACGGUCAGAGCUUUUGUCCACACUGUGGAGAGGAGGUCAGCAAGGCGAAAGAGGUCACCAUUGCCAAGGCCGAUACGACGUCUACUGUGCCUCUCACCCACGGCCCUUGCACACCUAGCACCUCAGAGGGCAAAGCGGACACCACCACUGGAGGGUCCACUCGGCUCUCUCUUCUUGGAGAAGGCAAAGCAGACAGCACCUUACUUAAACUUCCACAGUCACAGGACACAUCUGUGUCCCCUUUGGGCUCCAAAACUGGAUCUGUAGGAGGUGGAUCUGGAAUUGGAUCUCCAACAGGACCACCUAAAGAAACUCUGGAAAGUGUCCUGCUGGCUCUAGAUGCAGAGAAACCCAAGAAGCUUCGGUUUCACCCAAAGCAGCUGUACCUUUCUGCCAAACAAGGGGAGCUGCAGAAGGUCCUACUGAUGUUGGUGGAUGGGAUAGACCCUAACUUCAAAAUGGAAAGCCAAAACAAACGCACACCGCUCCAUGUAGCAGCUGAAGCAGGUCAUCAGGAAGUCUGCCAUAUGCUAGUGCAGGCUGGUGCAAACCUUGACAUGUGUGAUGAGGACCAACGGACACCCCUUAUGGAGGCCUGUGAGAACAAUCAUCUUGAAACUGUGCGCUAUCUUUUGAGGGCUGGAGCCAUCGUCUCUCACAAGGAUGUUGAAGGUUCAACAUGUCUCCAUCUCGCUGCUAAGACUGGGCAUUUCGGCAUUGUACAACAUUUGCUGUCUACAGGCCUUGUAGAUAUUAACUGCCAGGAUGAUGGAGGUUGGACCGCAAUGAUUUGGGCCACGGAGUACAAACAUGUAGACCAAGUAAAACUGUUGCUCUCCAAAGGGGCUGAUAUCAACAUUCGAGACAAGGAGGAGAAUAUCUGUUUGCACUGGGCGGCAUUCUCUGGCUGUGUGGAGAUAGCUGAGAUCCUGCUGGAUGCCAAGUGUGAUCUCAACGCCAUCAACGUCCACGGAGACUCACCGUCGCACAUAGCGUCACGGGAGGGCCGGCUUGACUGUGUAAACUUGUUUCUGUCACGGGGGGCUGACAUAAGCCUAAAGAACAAAGAGGGAGAGACGCCCAUGGAGUGUUGCAGUCAGAGCUCGAAGGUUUGGAACGCCCUUCAAGCUAGCAAAAAGCAGAGAGAAGCUAACAGCAACCGGACUGGCCCUGUAGAGAAGCUUCUCAACAGGGACAUCGCCAGAGGCUACGAGAAAGUCCCAAUCCCGUGUGUGAAUGCAGUGGAUAGCGAACCCUGUCCUGACAACUACAAAUAUGUCCCUGAUAGCUGUGUGACGUCCCCAAUGAACAUUGACAAAAAUAUCACCCAUUUGCAGUACUGCGUCUGUAAAGACGAUUGCUCCUCAGCUGGUUGCAUGUGUGGCCAACUCAGCCUGCGCUGCUGGUAUGAUAAAGAGAGCCGACUGCUGCCUGAGUUUUGCAAUGAGGAGCCCCCUCUUAUAUUUGAGUGCAACCAUGCCUGCUCAUGCUGGAGAAACUGCAAAAACCGUGUGGUACAGAACGGACUAAGGAUAAGACUGCAGUUGUUCAGGACGCAGAUGAUGGGCUGGGGUGUCAAGACGUUACAGGAUAUCCCGCAAGGAACAUUUGUGUGCGAAUACGUGGGAGAGAUCAUCUCUGACGCCGAAGCAGAUGUCAGAGAGAAUGACUCCUAUCUUUUUAGUCUGGACAGCAAGGUGGGUGAUAUGUACUGCGUUGAUGCGCGUUUCUACGGCAACAUCAGCCGCUUCAUAAACCAUCAGUGUGAGCCGAAUCUGUUCCCCUGUCGAGUGUUCACCUCUCACCAGGACCUCAGAUUUCCUCACAUCGCGUUCUUCGCCUGCAAGAACAUCAAUGCCGGAGACGAGCUCGGGUUUGAUUACGGCGAUCACUUUUGGGACGUUAAAGGGAAGCUGUUCAGCUGCCAGUGUGGCUCAUCCAAAUGCAAGCACUCGGCAGCCGCCAUCGCCCAGAGACAGGCAGACAGCACGCCGGGAGACCAACAACCCAGCGCCCUGCCCGAUACCAGCUCGUCCACCCCAUCCAGCCCCAGCUAAGCCCAUCUUUCUAGCAUAAAACAUCCGGUUCUCCUACUUCUACCAGCCUGUCGCCUCCCAUCACCAGCACGGGCACCUCUGCCAUCUCUAAUCAGCUCCGGUGUACCAACCCGGGCCUACACCCACAGUGCCAUGUUUAGCUCUGGUGGUCUGAAAGCCUGGUUGAAACGGUUUAGGAGUUAAAAAUCUUGAAGGUGAGAGGUGCACAGUUGGACUGGUAUUUCAGGUGUUCUGUACGCACAUUUUGUAUAGGUUUUCUAUCGUCAGCCCGCCCCUUUGGACCACGAUACAUCAUAAAAAGAGCUCAAAGUGGAUUUUUCUUUCCUUUUCUCGUGAGAAUGAACCUGUUUGAGCCAAUUUAAGGACUUUGCAACAGGUUUCCGUUGAAUACUACCUUAUUCUUGUCGCACAAUGUGUUCUCCUGCCCGAACUUCAGCGUCAUCUUUGAAAAAGUUUCACUUUAGCAGUCGAUUCGCAAAUUCCAAAUGAGUUUCAAAUAAUGUUGAUUUAUGCAUCUGUUUUACUUUUCUUCUGUUUUUGUACGUUCACUGAAUAUGCAGAACAUUAUGUAUUCAAAGACCAACCUUUUUUCCCAGUAGCCUUUUCCGAGUCUGUCAGUGGGCUGUAUUAACUUGAGACGAGCUCUAUGCCCGUCGUGCCAUGCGUGUCCUCCUCUGAUUGGUUCACAGACGCAGGACGUCAUGUCGAUGUUACCAAAAUCAUGAAAAGGCCUUUGAACAGGACAUUUUUGGCCUAUUUCUUCCCGGUAAAAGCCCAGAGUAUAAAUGCGUUUUAAUGGCGAACCGCCACUGGAAGUGCAAAUGAAUCAUAUAAACAAGCCCUAUGGGUUAUUUCCUGCAUGUUACAGGCCUGGAUAAACACGGCUGUUGUUAAAUGCAUAUUACUUGCACCCCCAUCAAUGCAAAUGAAAACUGUAAAAUAUUUCUGUACGUACUUUCGGUCACAAUGAUGGAACCUAUUAGCAUGCUUUUGAGACACGUGCUUUAGGAAUAGGACUGGAACGUUUCGCUCUGGUGGAAUGAAAUGCGGUCGGGUGUAGGAAAACGCAAAUGGUGCUGAAAAAGGUUUUUGUUAUGUUUAUUUUUUUAUUACUCACUAAGUGAAUACAAGUUGUAAAAUACGAUGAAGAAGCAAGUGUUUGGUUUUUGUUUUCUUUUUCAUUUGUAUUUUUAAAUUGGCCUCUGUUUUUUCUAACUGUAGUUUGACAUAAUUAGCCUGUAUCAAUUUUGUUCCAUAAGUUCAUGUUGAUGGUGAAACUAUUACAGUCUUUUUAAAUGUUGA